GCUACACUUGCACUACUAGCAUCUUCGUUUUUUUGUUUUUUUUGUUUCCCUUCCUUGUGCCGUACCCAUGCAUCUUAGAGGCAUGGCUUCAUUUUCUUCAAUCUCCUCCUUCUCCUCCUCCACCACCACCACCGUCUUCUUUUUCUACUUUUUCCAUCUUCUCUCGUCCUCGGUCUUAGUACUUGAAAAACCAGCAAGACCGCCCAAGCCCACAAAGGGGAGGGGGGCGGCAGGCUCCAUGGCAAUGGUGGCAUCUUUUCCUGCCAUUCCUCCCAAACCACCACAGCUUCACAAGGCCUCGGGGUCCGGCUAUUAUUUAAAAUGUCAGUCACCGUGCUCACCUCGCCGCCGCCCCCGCCGGUGCGCUACCCUUCGCUGGCCUGGCCCGAGAUACCGCCACUACGACAGAUCCCCGGCCUUGCAAGUGCCAAAUCCUCUCCCGCGGCCUUCAGCGCGCCUGACGAGAACCGGAUCAAACCGCAUCAUACGACUGCUGCUGUUUCUGCUGCUACCACUACUGCUGCUACUACUACUACUGCUACCACUACGCGAGGCGCCAGCAUGCGGCUGACACGCCCGUCAGAGAGCAGGAGCUUCGGCCUGCUGCACAUUGCGGGGGAGGCCCAGGUCGUAGACCUCGACGCUCCCGGUCCCCAGGGCGGCCGGAGCCAGGGCCACGGCGGGGUGAGCGGCCAGACGGAGGCGGGCGGGACGGCGACGGUGUGCUGCUCGCGAGAGGCCCUCGACGCCGUCCUGUCCGACAUGGUCAUCGUGGUCCCCUGCAAGGACGAGGAGCUGGCCGUCAUCCGGGGCGUCAUCUCGGCCAUCCCGGCCCUCUGCCUCGUCAUCCUCGUCUCCAACUGCGCCAGGGGCGAGGGAGACGAGUACGCGCAGCAGGUCGCCAUGGCCAGGGCCUUCGGCCGGGCGGGGAGGCAGGUUCUCACCGUCCACCAGAGGGAUCCCGCCGCCGCGGCCGCGUUGCGGGCGGCGGGAAUGGAGGAGCUCUGCGAGUCGGGCGCCGACGGCGGUGGCGCCGUCAUCCGCAACGGCAAGGGCGAGGGCAUGGUGCUCGGCAUCGCGCUGGCGGCCGCCUUCUGCCCGGGGCGGCGGUACAUAGGCUUCGUCGACGCCGACAACCUCUGCGCCGCCUCCGUGACCGAGUACUGCCGCGUCUUCGCCGCCGGGUUCGCCAUGUCUCCGCCCCCCGAACGGGGGGACUGCAUGGUCCGGCUCCGGUGGCGGUCCAAGCCCAAGGUGCGCAACGGGCGCGUCGAGUUCGUCAGCGAGGGCAGGUGCUCCAGGGUCGUCAACUCGUGGCUCAGCAGGCUGUUCGCCGCGCCGGCGACGAAGGAGGACAACAAUACUGAUAAUAACAGCAACAGCAACAGCAACAGCAACAAUAACAACAACAAUAACAACAACAAUAACAACAACAAUAACAACAACAAUAACAAUAACAAUAACAAUAACAAUAACAGCAACAGCACUAUGAAGAAUAUGAGAGCGGCGCCCGGCACGGGGCCCGAUACCCACUUCAUAACGACGGGAAACGCCGGCGAGCACGCCAUGACCAUCGGCCUCGCCCUGAAGCUCCGGAUGGCGGCCGGCUACGCGAUCGAGCCCUUCCACUUUGUCGACCUGCUGGAGCGCGCCCACCUCUCGGCUCCCUCGGGUGGUGGUAGCAAGGCCUCGGAGGAGACUCCGGGGGGCCGUAAUGAUAAGAACAACAACAACAACAACGGCAGCGGCAGCGACGGCAGCAGCAAUGGCAACAACAACUCGCGGAGCCACCCCCACCCCCAUCCACGGAAGCCGCUGAGCCGGCCGGUGCGGGUGCUGCAGAUCCGCACGCUGAGCCCGCACUACCACCGGCCGUCGGACGGCGAGCACAUCCGGCGCAUGUGGGCGGCCGGGCUGGGGUCGGUCUUCCACGGGCUGGCGGCGCACGCGGGGGGGGAGCUGCUGCCCGGGCCGGACGGGGCGCCGGACGGGGCGGCGGACGGGGCGGCCAUGGCCAUCUCGGAGCUGCGGCGCGACAUGCACGACUUCGCCGUCCGCCAGGCCAACGUCGACCGCGCCACCGGCGAGCUGCCAUGCCCCCGGACCUACCCGGCCCUCGAGACCAUCGACUUGGACAAGUUCCGCGACCUCAUGCUGCGCCACAGCCUCGGCCGCGGCUCCCUCCGCUCCUUUGGUUGGCCCGCCGACAAGGACCACCCGGCCUGGGCUCAAUCUUGAUUUAUUAUUACGAUAUUAGAGGUUUGCAUUGGGCCGCCGGUUGGCUUUUGCUAUUCUUUUUUCCCCUUCUUUACUUCGCUCUUCUCCUCGCUUUGUUCUUUUUUUUUUUUUUU